AUGUCCUCAUCGAUGUGUCAUGAGAACCGACUCGAUCAAGAUUUGGAAUAUCAUUUAAGUUUGCUGAAAAUUGGCAACUCCAAUGAUGAAUGCGAAGACGCCCUUCUCGCUCCCAUCUUGACAAGCGCAGUGCUUAAUCAACUUGCACUCGCUCCAUUGCAAUAUGGGCUUCUGGGGGGUGUAAAGGAAAUUGAGACGCCUCACCAAGUUGGCACAGAAAUUCAACCACCGAACGACGACCCCCGAGUAUUUUUCAAUGUCUCAUCCCCCUCUAGUGUAUUUAUCUGCGGAUCUCAGGGUUCUGGAAAAAGUCACACCCUGUCCUGUCUGCUUGAGGGAUGUUUAAUCCCCUCCAGAGCUGGGAGACUUUUGAAUCCACUCACAGCUGUUGUCUUUCACUACGAUACAUUUAUCUGUGACAAUGGUGGCUCACCCUGUGAAGCUGCUUUCCUGGCGUCUAAUCCGACCAUCACAGUCAGAGUCCUCUGUUCUCCAACGAAUCUCCGAACUAUACAGGGAACCUAUUCUAGAUUCAACAUCAAAGUUGAGCCGUUACAGAUAGACCAGUCCGAUCUCAACACUAAACGUAUGCUGGAUCUUAUGGCAGUCGAUCGAGAUAAUGGUGCAUUUCCAUUAUACUUGCAUGCGGUACAGCGAAUUUUGCGAGAAAUGCGGCUAUUGCAGCAAAGUGCAGGAUCUAAGUUUGACUAUCAAGAUUUCAAGAGCCGAGUCCUUCGUUCGGGGCUUCUGCCAGGUCAACUUGAGCCUUUGAAACAGAGGCUGGACACCCUCGAGAGCUUCAUGGCACCCCAACAAGCAGGGACAAGCUACCAAAUGAAAGGGAAGCCUAAGAAAAAGAACGCUGGCUCCAGCUGGAUACCAAAGGCCUCACAAUUGACAAUCGUCGACCUUUCCUGUCCGUGCAUCUCACCCGACACGGCCUGCAGCCUCUUCAACGUCUGUUUUGGGAUUUUCAUGGAGCAGGAUACUAAAAUUGGCAGGAUUGUAGCGCUUGAUGAGGCCCAUAAGUACAUGAAGGAUUCCGUCAAAGCACAAGGCUUCACGGAUACUCUCCUCUCAACGGUUCGAUUACAACGCCACCUCGGCGCGCGAAUCUUGAUCUCGACACAAGAACCAACAAUCUCCAGCGACCUCCUCGGCCUGUGCUCCGUCACUAUUGUCCAUCGAUUCUCAUCGCCCGCAUGGGCGCAUACAUUGCAAGCUCAUGUGGCCGCGGCCGCCUUGAGUCUGCAGUCGACAAAAGAGAGCCAAGCAAAUCACGAGGCUGGAGCGAUUGGGAUUCCCACAAAGCUAUCUAUCUUCCACCGGAUUGUACACCUUCAAGUGGGCGAGGCUUUGCUUUUCUCACCCAGCGCUGUGAUCUGUGUUACACCUAAGCAAGCCGAUUCGUUGGGCAUGAUCAGGCUAGGUUCGGGCUAUGUGAAAAUCAAGAUUAGGGAUAGGCUUACAGAGGAUGGUGGAAGAAGUGUUCUUUCCUCUUAG